AUGGAAAAGGGGAAACUUGUGAGUAUUUUAGAGAGAGAGUUAAAAGAAUAUGGAGAUAAGGAUAUAUUGAUGUUUUUUCAUCAAUUUUACCAGUCUAUAGAGGAAAAUGAUUAUGACAAUGCGCAAGAUUCUUUUAAUGAGAUGGUUCGCCAGAUGAAAAAAUUUUAUGUGGUUUAUGACAAAAGAAAUAAAAAUGAUUUAAUUGACAAAAUAAAAAGCUACUUUAAAGAAGAAAGUACAGAGGUGAACAUAGUAGAUGUAUCACAAGAAAAACUUGAAGAUCAAUUAAAUAAAACAAUAGAGGAGUAUGAUAAUUUUAGUAAAAAGUUGGAUGAUAUUCAAAACGGCGAACUAAAAGAAUAUGCAGAAAAAAAUGAAUUUCCACGUUUUAAAACUCCCAGUUCAUUUUUAAACACAAAUUUAUUUGACGAUAUAAAUUUAGACAAUUUAGAAAAACGUCAAUUUAGUUUUGAUAUAUUAGAUUUAUAUGAUAAAUCAUACAUUGAAACUGCAGAUGAUAUGUCAGAUACUAUUAUAAACGAUGAAGAUUUUUAUGAAACUUUUGAAUAUUUUAUAAAUUUAUUAUGUUUAUUAUAUUUUUUAAAAAACAUAUAUUUUGACUUAAGCUAUAGAUCAAAUGAGAAUUCGUAUUCGUUUCUUUUUAAAGGGUUUGAAGAAAGAAAAAAUAAAAUAAUAAGUUAUUUUUUUAUAUUUAAAAGAUUAAAAAUGUAUAAAUUAAUGGAUAAUGAAGUUAUAAAAAUUUUUUGUAAUUUUUUCCAAUAUACAUAUAUUAAUGAUUAUCUAAUUCGAAACAUAUUCGAUAAUUCUACAAGUAUGUUUAUAUUUACAGCAGUUAACAAUUUUAAUAAUAAAUAUGAACAAGAUAAUGGCCAAUUUGGUAAUACUGAUAAAGUGCGUAAUAAUAUUAUUAAUGAUCAGUUAUUUUUUGGAAAUAAUAAUAUACAAUAUGAUAUUGCAAAAAGGGAAAGACAAACUAAUAGGGGAUAUAAUGAUAAUAAUAUGGACGAAAACGACUUAUUAAAAAAAAAUGAAAAUGAUAACCAAGAAGAUUAUUUAAAUAAAAAAUUAAAUAACUUUUUUAUAUCAAAUCAAACCCCUAAUAAUAAAUCGGAUAAAAAUUCUUUUGUGGAAAUAAUAUACAAUGAUGAAGCAAUUGAUAAUAUGUAUUCUGAUAAAAUAAUUAAUUCGUUAUUUUAUUUUUUUAAUAAUCCAUAUUUAAUAUUUACAUUUCAGAAAAAUGUUUUAUAUUAUAUUGAAAAAAAAAAUAAAGAUAAUGAAUUUUUUUCGUCUCAUAAAAAUUCACAGUCACUAAUUAGGUAUUUAAACCAUUGUGUAACAACUAUAUCAGAAAUACUUCACAUUUUUAUAACAUCGGGUUUAUUUUUUAAUAAUAAUAUUAUGCAACAAAAAACAAAUAAAUAUUUAAAUUUUUAUAAAUUGCUUAAUUUUAAUAAUAUGGAUUUUGAUUAUGAUAUAAUCAAUGAAAAUAAAAGUAAAAAUACACACGAUCGACCAAAUGACAAUAAUGUUGGUAAUACUAAGAAAAACAGUAAUUCGGUAAAUAAGCAUAAGCCUGCAAGUAAAAGUCGUAGUAAAGGAGAUAAAACAAAAAAAAACUCCAGGCAUCAUCAUGAAAGAGGAAAAAGAGGUAUAUUAGAUGAUACAAUUGUAUCAGAUAUUGAUAAAAAAUAUCGCUACAAUAAUCAUAACAAAUUAUAUUUUGGUAAAAGUAAUAAAAUAACUCGUUUAGGCAAGUCAAAAAGAUAUAAUUAUACUAAUACUAAAGAAAACAAAAGAGACAUUGACGAUAUUAACAUGGAAGAUUUUAAUAUCACAAAAUAUUUGAAUAAGUAUAAAACAGUACUUCGUAAACUUUGUGAAAAUGAUUUUAAUAAAGAUGAUAGCACUAGUAAUGAUGAUGAAGAACAAAUCGAUACAGAAAAUUACUAUGACGAAAGGUCUAGUGAUAAAAACUUAAAAAAUAUAAAUAAUAAAUAUGGCAAUGCUUAUUCACGAAACAAUUAUAACAGAAAUUCGAUGUCAUAUAACACAGAUACGUAUGAUAGUGAUAUGGAAAGACAAUCUGCUACUCAUUCUAGUGGAUUUAAAGAGGGAUAUUAUAAUUCCAAGCACCAAGGAAAAGAUAAUAAACCUCGGGGCUAUAAUAAUAAUAGCGAUUCUAAUAGUAUGGAAGAUAGCAAUAGUCGAUACGAAAGUGAGGAUAGUGAAGGCUCUUACCAAAAUUCACUUGGCCGAGGAAAAGAUAAAAAUGCUAAAAAGGAAAAAAACAAUUCCAAAAAGUCAAACAUAGAUAAUAAUAAUACUACUGUUGGUACUGUGUACAAUAGUAUGUAUAAAAGUGAAGAUAUUAGCAAUAAGAAAAUUUUUAAUGAAAUUUUGAAUAAAUCAAAAAAAAAAAAGAAAUUUUAUGAAAUAAUAAGAAAUGUCAAUAAGUUAAAAAAUGCAUUUGAUGUCAGUAAUAUUCAAAAAAAUAAAAAUAUUGGUUUAAGUUAUGUCGAGAGUAUAGACACAAUAUCGUAUUUUAUAAGUAUAUUUAAUUCUGAUAAUAUAUUUCAAUUUGAUUAUUAUUUUUUAAAGUUCAUAGCAGAAAUAACAACUAGCUAUAAUAAUUAUAUUAAAAAACAUAUUGUUGAUGAUAAUAAUGUAAAAAAUUUUGAGAAUGAUAUUGAUAAAUUGGCAAAUGAAAUUAAGGAAUACUUAAAUGAAGUAACAAAAUUAAUAUAUAUAUAUACAUGGUGUAUAUUAUAUAUUUUUGGCCAUUCGUAUUCUUAUGUCAAAUAUGCAAAAUACUUUUAUCAAAAAAAAUCGUUCUUUAUUUUGGAAAAUAAAAAACAAUGUAUAUUCAAUAAUUUUAAUUAUUGCAUACAAGAAAAUGGGUAUAAAAAUGGAUCAGGGGAAGGAUAUACACAAGAAACCGAUCAACAAAGUGAUGCAUUUUAUCUUCAAGAAGCCGCAGAUGAUGUGCAUUUAAAGAAUUUUUUCAAUCCAUUAAAUGUUGUAGAAAAUUUAAAAUACAAUUAUGAAAUUCGAAGAAAUGUAAGCGAAUUUAAUAACUUCAAUUUUCACAAUUUGAUUAAUGUAUAUAAAAAUUCCUAUUUUCAAAACAUUGUUGAUAAACUUCAAUUAAAUAUAAAGUUUAUAGAAAAUAUUUUAUUUACUAUUGAUAAUGUGUUUGAUAAUAAAGAAAACAAAAGCAAUAAGAAAAAAAAAUAUAUAAAUUACUUGUGUGUAAAGAAUCAAAAAUUAGAUGAUAUAUAUAAUUCUAUUGAAAACCUUAAAAAAAAUAUUAAUAAAUAUAAAAAAACAUUUCAUUAUUGCUUAAAUUUUAACAAUAUCAAAAAUGCUAUUAUAUUAUCCUUAGAAGAAAUGAAUAUGACUUCAGAUAAGUUAGAAUUAAACAAACUUUUAAAUGAGGAGCUUAACAAAAUUGAAAAUCGAGGGCAGCUAAAAAGAAGGAAGAAAAAAAUUAACGUCAAAUUAAUCGAUAAUAAUUUUGUUCUUGAUACACAUUCGAAAAAAAAAAGGAAAAAACACCACAGGCCCAAAUUAAGUGAUUAUUCAAGUUUUGCUGAUAAAACGAUGGAAGAUGAUAUUAGUAGUAGUUAUAACGAAGAAAGCAGCACUAAUAGUGAAGUAAAAAAUUUAAUGCAGUAUACUUUGGGUGCAAAAGCAAAAAAAGAAAAACGAAAAAAAGAUGGAAAUAAAAGCCAUAGCAAACAUAGUGAUGCUUCUAGUUUGUUGCAAAAUGAGCAUAAUCACGAAAAUAGUGAUAGUUCAAAUAAAUAUGAUGGAAGCACUGACACUUUAAGUAUUGACAGUAGUUUGUCUAGUAAUAUAAGCAGUGAUGAUAGUAAUACUAGAAAUUAUCAUGAUAAGAAAGUGAAUAAAAAAAAUAUGUUAAAUGGUAAAUAUAAUAAUAAGACACAUAACGGUAACGUAAAUGAUAAAAAUAAUAUCGAAGAGAAAGAAAAUAACAUCGUUUUAAAUAGCGAAUAUAAUACAGAAAGAUUAAUUUUUUUCUUUAACUUAUUUAAUGGAAAUGAAUUAUUUUAUUAUUUAUCAUUAUAUUAUUUAAUCAAGGAUGAAAAGAUUAUGGAGAUUUUACAUUUGUUACCUUUAAAAUAUUUACUUGAUUUAUUAAUAUUAUAUGAUUUAACAGAUUACAUAAAGUUUAAAAUAAUAGCUCGCGUUUUUCGAAUUAUAUAUGAAUUUCAAGAUUUUUCGCCAAUAUUAAAUGAAAGCAUAUUUUUCAAUAAAGAUUAUAUUUUUUUGAAUAAUGCCGAUUUUACAAAUUACGAAUUUUUGUGCAAAUUUUUAACCAUUAACAAUUUAGAGAUAUAUAAAAUUGAAAAAAAAGUAAUCGAUGAAAGUAAUUAUAAAGCUAUCUCAUCAAAUAAUAAAAAAUCGAACAACCCUAUUGGCAAUAGUUUAUCUAUAGAAAAUGAAAAUGAAAUGGAUAUAACCACAAAUGAAAAUAUUAAUGAUGCAUAUAAAAAUGAAAAUAAACCUUUAAAAGAAGUUUUUUUGGAUCUUAUAAAAAAUAUGUUCUCUUUAUGCAAUUUGUCCACUAAUAUAAAAAGUUGUCCUACUGUGUUAAAAAAUUUAUUAAAUAAGAUAUUAAUAAGCAUCAUUGGAAAAUAUAGUUAUAUAAGCAAUGAUAGAAAUAAUAAAGAUUAUAAUAGUAUAACUUAUUAUAUUCUUCGAUUUAUUUUUAAAAAUUUUAAAAACCUCACACUUGGAUAUAGUAAUUCUUCAUACUUUAAUUAUACAAUUACAGACCCUACAGAAUUAUAUAAUAUAAGCAUGCAUAAUUUUAUUUUAUACCAUAUAUAUGAAUUAGCUAUAAAAACAAAAGUGUUGUCUAUAAAAAGCUCAUGUUUUAAAAUAUUGAAAUACUUAUUAACAGAAUAUUAUUAUUACCCUGAUAUGUUUAAUGAAAAGUCUCAUGAAUUAAUUAAUUCAGAAAUCAAGAUUAACAAUUUUUAUAUUAAAAAUGUUAUAUUAGAUUUUGUGUCUUUUAAUAUAAUGGUAUGCCACCUUCAAAAAGAGCUUACUUCAAAUAGUACUGUUUUAAAUAACUUAGAUUUAUUUAAUUACUCGAUUAAAUCAAUAGCAAAUUAUUUAAUCGAAUAUAAUGAUAAAUCAUUUUAUGUUCUAAUGGAUAAAAAUGUGCUUAAAACAUUUUUAAUCAAAUUAACCUUUAUGAUGCCAUUUAUUUAUAAACUAAAAAUACCAGCUUGCGUAAUUAGGCUAUAUAUUCGGGUCAUUAAAUCGCUAGACAAAGAAAUACUUGAUAAUAUACAUAACAGUAGCAAAAUUAAUCUUAUAUAUGAUAGUUUGUUUUAUAUUAUUGUAAGUCGUUUUAUUUAUUUCUUUUUAAAUAUUAAUAUCGAAUUGGAUGACGAGGCAACCAAUAUUUUAUCAUCCAACCAAAAAAAUCAAUUUUCUCGAAAUUCUUUUGACAAUACAAGUUACAUUAAAAUAAAUACGGUGGAAAACGAAAAAGGAAGGGGUAAUUUAAGAGAUGAAUAUAAUAAAAAUACACAAAAUGGUAAACAAACUUAUGAUUAUUUGAAUGUGAAUCAUAAUUAUAACGAUUAUAGUCAAAAUGAUGAGUUAGAUCGCAUUGUUGAAGAUAUUAAGUCCUCCGGCAAGUAUGAAAUAAAUGAGGAAGCUGUAAAUACCGAUGAAAAAGUUAUGAAUAGAAAUGAAAAUAGUGCAAAUCAUAAUGAAAAUGUUAUAAACAGAAAUGAAGAAAAUAUGAAUAGAAAUGAAAAUAGUAUAAGUAAUAAUGAAAAUGCUAUGAAUGAAAAUGAAGAAAAUAUGAAUAGAGAUGAAAAUAGUAUGAAUAAUAAUGAAAAUGUUAUGAAUGAAAAUGAAGAAAAUAUGAAUAGAGAUAAAAAUAGUUCAAAUAGUAACGAAAAUGUUACGAAUGCAGGUGAUCAAGAGGCAACUGGUGAAAACGAAAUGAAAGACAAUACAGUAAUAGAUGAUAAGGAAGGAAGACACAGUGAUGGUGCAAGUAAUGAGGAUAUACAGAAUGAAAGCAAAGGUGAUAGCGAUAAUGAAAAUAAGCGAGGCAGCCUGAGUGGCGAUAGAAGUUAUAGCGAUAAUGAAAGUAAAAGGGACAGUGUGAGCUACGAGAAAAGUUAUAGUGGUAGUGAAAAUAAAAGAGGAAGCCUGAGUGGUGAUAGAAGUUAUAGCGAUAACGAAAGUAAAAGGGACAGUGUGAGCUACGAGAAAAGUUAUAGUGGUAGUGAAAAUAAAAGAGGCAGCCUGAGUGGCGAUAGAAGUUAUAGCGAUAACGAAAAUAAAAGAAACACCGUGAGUGACAACAGAAGUUAUAGUGAUAAUGAAAGUAAAAGGGACAGCUUGAGUGACGAGAAAAGUUAUAGCGAUCAUGAAAAUAAAAGGGACAGCUUGAGUGACGAGAAAAGUUAUAGCGAUCAUGAAAAUAAAAGGGAUAGCUUGAGCGACGAGAAAAGUUACAGUGAUAAUGAAAAUAAAAGGGACAGCUUGAGUGACAACAGAAGUUAUAGUGAUAAUGAAAGUAAAAGUUACAGUGAUGAAAGUCGUAGUGAAUAUAGUAGAAGUAGUGAUGACAGCCCUUUGCGAAUGGAUAAUGGGGUUAAGGCUAAUACAAGUACAAAUUAUAUGAACAAAAUUUCUGAUGUGCUAUUUUUAAGAAAAGUGAUAAAUGAAAACAAUAACUUGAAUUUAGAUAAUAAUUAUUUUAUAAACUAUUCAUUGCAUAUUCUACACAAAGAAAAUUAUUCGAUUUAUGUAUUUUUUUCUACAUUCUUUAAAAAUGCAUUGAAAGAAUAUUGUGAAAUAUCAAAAAAACACAAAAUAUAA